AUGCUCUCUUUAUCGUUAUCGAAACCUGAAAUUCCAGCUGAAUUUGACCCUAUAAGAUGGUUGGAUAAAUCAUUAAUACAUCUAUGUUCUAGAUUCGGUGAUUACCAAAAGGACAGCCCGUCUUCUUUCAGCUUGUCUCCUCGGUUUUCAAUAUUUCCUCAGUUUAUGUUUAAUUUACGACGCUCUCAGUUUGUCCAGGUGUUUAACAACAGUCCGGAUGAGACGGCAUAUUUUAGAAUGAUUCUGGACCGGGAAAAUAUUGCUAAUUCAGUCGUGAUGAUUCAGCCUUCUUUGAUCUCUUACUCUUUUCAUUCUGCUCCAGAACCAGCUCUCCUUGACGUAGCUGCCAUUGCUGCUGAUAGAAUUCUUCUUCUGGAUUCUUACUUUACCAUUGUUGUAUUUCAUGGUGCUACUAUUGCUCAAUGGCGAAAAGCUGGAUACCAUAAUCAGCCUGAACACGAGGUAUUUGCUCAGUUACUACGAGCUCCCCAAGACGAUGCAAAUGUGGUAAUCAAGGAAAGAUUUCCAGUACCUCGUUUAGUCAUCUGUGAUCAGCAUGGCUCCCAGGUGUAA